AUGGAUAAAAUUACGGUUGUGAACUUAUGUAGAAUUUGUUUAGAAAAUGGGGCUGAUUUACCUAUAUUUGAAGAAAGUGACGAUGAAACUUGUAUAUUAUCAAAAUUGGUAUUAUGCCUAAAAGAGAAAAUAGAAGAUAUAGAGGGAUAUCCGAGAUUUAUUUGUAAAUUAUGUAAUAAAGUUCUUGAUACGGCUUACGAUUUUAUAAAUAAAUAUAAAAACUCCUGUAAAAUAUUGGAAAAUGGCUUAGAAGUAAUAAAACAAGAAACUGAUGAACUGAGUAGUUUAAGUGGGAAAGGGAUGUCUGAAGAAGAAAUUGAAGUAGAAAAUAUAAAAAAUGAAUAUGAUCAGUCUAGUAGUGAUAAUGAUUUUGAUUUAAGUGAUCAUCAUGAGGAAUACUUUAAGCCUUUAGAAUUUAGUCUAAAGAUAAAAGUUGAAAAUGAUGAUAAUUCAUCAAAAGCCACAACAAAAAAGAAAGGUUGCAGAUUAAAAUCAAAUACUAAACAGAAUACAAGUAAUAUAGCCACAUCCAUUCUAGAAGGUCAAUUCGCAUGGAAUGGGGACCAAUGGUGUUGCAGCUCUAAAAGUAAUAGCGUUUUACAUGAUAAGUCUAAACUACUUAAGCCAAAGACUGAAAGUAAGAAAAGGAUAACAAUAAAUAUACCAAAAAUAAAAAAACCUAAUCCACCAAAACUUUGUGACCUAUGUGGAGAAGUGUUUAAAUCUACGGAUAAAUUGACUGUUCAUAAGAAAAGGGUUCACUUUAGGAGUCCAGUAAAAUGUUCACAUUGUUCUAGAGUAUUUGUCUCAAACUAUUAUUUAAAAAGACAUGUGAAAAGAAAGCAUGAAGAACAUAAGACUUUUAUUUGUGCCAUUUGUGGCAAAGGGUUUGCUUUCAAAGGCGAACUUAGCAAUCACAAUAGAAAUGUACAUGACAAGCAUUUGCGUCCUAAAAAGCAAUUCAAAUGUCAAUUUUGUAAUAAAAUAUAUAAGUGUGCUAAAUCUGUGACUGUUCAUGAGAGAUCAGUUCACACAGGCGACAGACCAGCAGUAUGCACAGUUUGUGGCAGUAGUUUCUACCAUGAAGAAUAUUUAAGAGAACACAUGCGACUUCACACAGGUGAAACUCCCUUCAAAUGUCCAAUAUGUGGGAGAGGAUACGCCCAACGCGGGAAUAUGAAGAGUCAUCUAAGAAUUCAUAAGAAAUCAGAACUUGAUCCUGUCACUUUAAGCAAACUUAGGCCCAAUUACUUGAGAUUACUUAAAGCU